GGUCGGUUGCCCGGGCGACGCGGGUACACAGAGGAGCGGAUCCCGUCGGAGGCCGAGCGGUCGCCCCCUCGGCGGACUCGCUAUCCGGUUGUUGGUCGGGGCUGGCGAACGGGCACCAUGAGUCAGCGGCAGGUGCUGCAAGUGUUCGAGCAGUACCAGAAGGCCCGGACCCAGUUCGUGCAGAUGGUGGCGGAGCUGGCGACCAGACCCCAAAACAUCGAGACGCUGCAGAAUGCGGGUGUUAUGUCUUUGCUGCGGCCUCUUCUUCUGGAUGUGGUUCCAACAAUUCAACAGACUGCUGCUUUGGCUCUUGGGAGACUGGCCAAUUAUAAUGAUGACCUAGCAGAAGCAGUUGUGAAGGGUGAUAUUCUUCCACAGCUUGUUUAUUCAUUGGCAGAACAGAAUCGUUUUUAUAAGAAAGCAGCUGCCUUUGUGUUACGAGCAGUUGGUAAACAUUCUCCUCAGCUAGCUCAGGCAAUAGUUGAUUGUGGAGCGCUGGAUACACUGGUGAUAUGCUUGGAAGAUUUUGACCCAGGAGUCAAAGAGGCUGCAGUCUGGGCACUUGGAUAUAUAGCAAGACAUAAUGCAGAACUGUCACAAGCUGUGGUGGAUGCGGGCGCUGUUCCUCUUUUAGUACUCUGUAUCCAGGAGCCAGAAAUUGCUUUGAAAAGGAUUGCUGCUUCGGCCCUCAGUGACAUUUCAAAGCAUUCUCCAGAGUUAGCACAGACAGUAGUGGAUGCAGGGGCUAUUGCUCAUUUAGCCCAGAUGAUCCUCAACCCUGAUGCUAAAUUGAAGCGUCAGGUUCUUUCUGCUCUCAGUCAGGUUGCAAAACAUUCUGUGGAUUUGGCAGAAAUGGUCGUUGAAGCAGAGAUUUUUCCAGUUGUACUUACCUGUCUGAAGGACAAAGAUGAAUACGUGAAGAAAAACGCUUCGACUUUAAUUAGAGAGGUUGCAAAACAUACACCUGAGCUUUCACAGCUGAUAGUUAACGCAGGAGGAGUUGCUGCUGUGAUUGAUUGUAUCGGGUCCUGCAAGGGGAAUAUAAGGUUGCCUGGCAUCAUGAUGCUUGGUUACGUUGCAGCUCAUUCUGAGAAUCUAGCAAUGGCAGUGAUCAUUUCCAAGGGUGUACCCCAGUUGUCAAUCUGCUUGUCAGAAGAACCAGAAGAUCAUAUUAAGGCUGCUGCUGCUUGGGCCUUAGGACAGAUUGGGAGACACACUCCUGAACAUGCACGGGCUGUCGCCGUCACAAAUACUUUACCAGUUCUGCUUUCUCUGUACAUGUCAGCAGAAAGUUCUGAAGAUCUUCAAAUAAAAAGUAAAAAAGCCAUAAAGAAUAUCCUUCAAAAAUGCACCUACCUACCAGCCCUUGAACCGUUUCUGUAUGAUGCUCCUCCUAACAUUCUAAAGCAUGUGGUUGGACAGUUUAGUAAGGUGCUGCCUCAUGACAGCAAAGCUCGAAGACUCUUUGUGACAAGUGGUGGACUUAAAAAGGUUCAAGAGAUAAAAGCAGAUCCUGGCUCUCUCCUGCAAGAAUAUAUCAACAGUAUUAACAAUUGUUACCCUGAGGAAAUAGUAAGGUAUUAUUCCCCUGGAUAUUCUGAUACACUUCUGCAGAGAGUGGACAGCUAUCAACCACUUAUUAACUAAGCAAAGUUACAGUUUCAUACUCAAAUUCACAGCAUAGUAGUUACGAAUAACACUUGUUAAAGCUCUUUCUAAAUAUUUGAACUAAGUACAUUCUAGAUUUAUUCAAUGUGAAAUAUCUUUAGAUAAUAUUGUCUACAUUUAUGUGAUACUUUAAAAAUCAGUAGCUUGACUAUAUGAGGAAGCAUUCAUGGUCAUUUGGUAACACAGUAUUUGCUCUAAAGGUAAAUUAAAGAGACAUUAAUGUAUUUUAAGGCAUUUGUUAUUGUUCUAUUAAAACCCACACACAGCCUCCAGCUAGAUGGUGUUCAGAAGCCCUCAUAUUGGCCAAUUCCUCCUAGGCAUGGACAAGGAAAACUGGCCUUGCAAAUUACACAGUAAGAUAUAGUAGGAAAAUUGUUGAAAGAGGAAACUGAUGACAGGAAUACAGAACACUUGGAAAGAAAUUCUGAUCUUGGUUACAAAGGCAUUAACCUAACUCACAGACACUGUGGGAAACCUGUCAAGUGUUCUAAGAAUUUAGGAAGUAGCUCUUCUUUAUCACAAGUUUUCAAAACACUCUUUGCCACCCUAUCUAAAGUUCCUUAACUUUCCUGGGACUGGAGAGGAUGGAAGUCAGUACUGAGCUUUGCACCCCUGCAGUCAAGCUCUCCCUCUCAUUGAAAGGUUUCUUAGUCUAGCUCUGCUCAUGAAUAUACAAGGGAGUAGGAAUGUAUAAUAAAAUGAGUCCUCAGUAUUUCCUUGUCCUAGCUUCACUUUCCCAGAAGUCACAUUUUUAGGGACUUACCCAAAUCAUUUUAAAAGAAUACCAACCAUCAGCCUCAGGCUUUACAUGAUUUUCUCCUGGGGAGCUGUAAAGCAGUGAAAGGGGGGUUUCAAUAAAAUUUUAAGUAAAAACAGCA